CGCCCAAGGCCUCGUCGGCCGCCGACCGAUACGCGAAACAGCGUGCGCCGUCGGCUAAGAAGCCCGUCGCCAAGCCCCCCGUCGAGCAUCUGCACGGCUGGCGCAAGAAAGUGUACGGCGACAGCGACGACGAUUACGAGGAUGACGACGCCGAGGCGGGCCACGGCCUGAUACGAAGCACGGCCGACAUACGGCGGGACGCGCGCGUAGAGGGCGUGAAGAAGUACGGCCUACGACACGAGGUGAUCGACAUCCCCAAGGCGCUGCCGCUCGCCAUGGAGCGACGCACCAAGCAACCGGCGCCGCUCUUCUUCCCCGCCGGAUAUCACGUGCUGACGGGAGAGAAGCUCGACGACGGCAGCGAGACGCCGAAGACGCCGAGCAAGCAGCGCAACCUACGGGAGAGCAUCGACAAGGUGAAACAGUGGAAGCAGGAGUUCGCCGACGAUGACACGCCGCGCUCGUCGAAGAAAUUGCAGCGAGAGCACAAGCUGAAGCUCGAUAUCCCGCCGCCGAACGCCGCCGCCGUGAAGGAUCGCCGCAGCCGCAUUCACACCUACAAGGACGACGCGGACGCCGACGCGCACCAGGGCGAGCCCGACCUGCCGAACAAGGACUUCCGAAAGUCGCUGCUAAACCGAGCCGACGUCGACGUCGACGAGCAGCAGUACGAGGAGGAGCUGAGCACGCGCGCGCAGGCGAAGAAGGAGCGAGAGCGGCGCAUGCUGGAGAUGAAGGACGAGAGAAGGCGCGCACCGCGUCGGUUCGUCUAUCGGGAGACAGACGUCAGCGAAUCCUCGGACCCCGGCUUCACUAAGGAGAUGUCGCACAACGCCGCACGGCCGACGGCACCGCAGAACGACAUACCGGUGAUCGCGUCCCAUGCGCGGCGACCGGGGGAGGCGGAGGGGGAGCUGCCGCGGUUUCCCGUCGAAGCCGACUACGAGUACAUCAAGGAGGCGAUCUCGGAGAAGGCGAAGCCGAAGAAGAAACGCGUCCAGAAGAAGUACGGCGACAAGCAGAAGAACACGUCGUCGAGAUCGCUGACGACCGAUUCCGAGGCGAUAUCCGAGGACCGACUCACGGUGCCGUCGAUCGACGAAAGCGCAGAGAGAAGCGAGGAUGGUAAGUCUCCGUAUGACAACGUGGAGCGACAACGCAGGUACCCGGAUGAACCCGGGUGCGGACACAAGGAGCCCGCCGAGAGAGACUCCGGCUAUCUGGAGAGAGCCGAGUCACCCUACGAUAACCUACUCGCCGAGUCUUCCUCGCCGACGCACACGCACAGAAAGAAGGCUUCCUCUCUCAGCUCUCUCAAUGAUUCGGCCGUCAGUCUCCACAGCAGCCCCGGGCAAGAACGCAAGGCUAGGCACCGGGCUAACAAGUUCAUCGGCAGCAUGAGAAACAUCGACGCGCUGUUAACCGCUGAGGACGAGAGCGAGUACGACUUCGACGAGAUGGAGAAGCGCUACGAGGGAGAUGAGGAGCUGCAUAGGAGCGAUCCGAUAACGACGCUGUCGCCACCUAGCGAUUCCGACGACGACGAUGACGUCACGCCGGUCGGUCCGUACGGAGAGACGACGCGGCGACAGAUCUGUACGACUCUCAGCGACGACGACGACAGCUGGGACGAUAGCGACGAUGACGAUGACGAGUUCAUUUACAGGCAUAAUCGUCAUGGCAAGCUCGAAGAUGCUGCGAUUCAAGUGUCGAAAGUCGGGGAUGAAUGCGGGCCUUAUCUGGACCUGGAGUCCACCCUUGAUGAGCAGGAAGAAGAGUUGGAAGACUUUGAUAACAGCAGGAAGAAUUCUUUGAUUUUGCGCACACAGCUGGCAGUGAGAGUACACGCUUGCAUCGAGAAGCUGCUGAACUCAAGCGGACGGGAGCUCAGGAGGGCGUUAUUCUCUCUCAAGCAGCUCUUCCAGGAUGACAAGGACCUCGUGCAUGAGUUUGUACAGAACGACGGGCUGGCCUGUCUUGUCAAGGUCGGAUCAGAGUCCGACCAGAACUACCAGAACUACAUCUUACGGGCGCUGGGACAGGUUAUGCUGUACGUCGAUGGUAUGAAUGGCGUUAUCAAGCAUAAUGCAACCAUCCAGUGGCUCUACUCGAUCCUGUCAUCUAGGUACCGGCUCGUCGUGAAAACUGCACUCAAGCUGUUACUGGUCUUCGUAGAGUACGCAGACGCGAAUGCCGAGCUGCUCACUCAAGCCGUCAACAUCGUGGACAGCGAGAGAGGUGCAAAGCCAUGGAGCAACAUCAUGCAGCUGCUAGAUGACCGGGAUUCACUCGAUACUGAGCUGCUGGUCUAUGCCAUGACACUCAUCAACAAGACGUUGGCAUCCGUUCCCGAUCAGGAUACAUUCUACGACAUAACAGACAGCUUAGAGGAGCAGGGCAUGGAACGCAUUGCAGACCAUCACAAGAAUCGGAAGGGCACCGAUAUUGAUCUCGUGGAGCAGCUGAUAUUGUACGAUGCCGCUCUCAAGAACGAAGAUGGACAGGACAUGCCGGUCGGCAACAACUCGCUGCUAAGGACAACUCCACGAAGCCGUAAGUCCGGUCCAUAUGAUGACAGCACGGUCGAACGCAGGAAGAGCAAGAGACACUCUACCGGCACAGUACCCAGAGAUGCGUCACCGGGGCAACGGGAUGCUAUGCCCAGCCUCCCCGAAAAUAGGAAGGCCAGGUACAGGAGUGGGUCGGAGUCAGAUAGCAGUGGCGGUGGCCAUCAUAAUAGAGCCAUUAUGAAUGGAACGUCAGUUAACGGCCGUGCAUGUACUGAUGAUAAGCAGGAAGAUUGUUCAUCGCGCUCCUCGCUGGCUAGCGUGUCGCGGCGCGGCCACGGUGACGACAAGUCUUGCAAUGGCGGCGACGAGCCGGUGUCGUUGCUGCGACACGGCGGUGGACGCAGCCGUUACACCCCCGUUUACAUGCGCAGUACCCCUCCGCAGACGGAAACAGCAAACAAUAGCAACACGAGUCGAGUGAGGGAGCUGAUCAGGGUAGAUGGCGCAAGUCGUGUGAACGAGGUGGCAAACUCACGUGGUAGAUAUCAAGAUGUUCACAUGGGCAGCAGAGUGAACUCACCGAGACCAGACGUUCGAACGAACGGCGGAGUGAACUCACCGAGACCAGACGUUCGAACGAACGGCGGAGUGAACUCACCGAGACCAGACGUUCGAACGAACGGCGGAGUGAACUCACAGAGUCCAGACGUUCGAACGAACCGCGGAGUGAACUCACAGAGUCCAGACGUUCGAACGAGUUCGGACAUUCAUACAAACGGCGUGACGAACUCGCGGAACGAAGACGUUAACUUGAAUGGUCAGAGUUCGGAUGUUCACAUGAACGGUGAUGUGAACCCGUAUUCCAAUCGUAUCGACAGUAACGGCCAUCCAGCUGACUUGGAUGCUCGAAACGGCAACCUCCCAUCUGGUGGCAGCCGAUACAGAUUCGGAAAAGAGGGCAGCGAGAAGGAGGACGAGAUUAGCAGGUGGCAGAACGGAUCUGAGAGAAGCCCCUUCAUCAGUCGCUGGAACCGUGGCGCGCGCGGGCAGACACCAGGUGUCGCUGCUGCGCACGACAAGCGAACGGCUGCCGGCGACGACGCGCCGGCCGACUGGAGGCGGAGACUCCGUGCGAACGUCCUGGAGGUCGCGACCCCGGCGUCCGAUUCCAGGUCGCCCGUCACCGACCCCGCGCGUCCCGCCAGCCCUCGCAGCGCUCGCACAAAUGCGCAGGUCAACGGUGGCGUCACCUGGACGGCGAGGCCAGCGGUGCACGGCCGAUACGAGGGGUCGAGCACGCCGUGGCGGUCGCCGAAGCAACGGGAAUCAGGACGCGACGACAACAAAGAUGCCGCCGCUCCGAGCCGUAACGGGAGUGGGUGUGCCGGGGAUGCGGCGCACGCCGACGCCGACGCGCAGCGUAGCAACGCAAGUAACCGCGGCGACAGCGCAGAGAGAAAGCCGACCUGGGCGCCUCCCUGGAGGAGGGGUCCGCAGAAGGAGGCGGAGUCGGUCGACGAGAACAACUGGAAGAAUCGUAACGGCGUCGCGACGAGCUUCCACGUGAAGACCGAGACGAUCGCGUACGCAAAACUCGAGUGGAACGCGCGCGACGGCGGCGCCCUCUCGUGGAAGGCUGGGGCGACGGCGGUCGCCGCCCCGAGGGACACGCCGGACGUGGGCGAUUUGUCCGCCAGGGAGCGCCGCCGGUCACGCAUCGAUCGCCAGCGGUCACUGAUACGGCAGCAGGAACUAUCGCGCUCAUUCGAAAAGUUAAACGCGACCGGCGACGAGCCGCCCUCCUCGCCAGGGGGCGUCACCAUCAACGGUCGUCUCCCGCUAACCGAAGAGGUGGAUACCCGUCAGAACAGCUGGACGGAGAACGGAAUUCGGAAGCCGGACACGGAUUCCAGCGGCAGGGACUCUGGCGGAAGGGAUUCCGGUGGCCGGGAUUCGGCCGCCGACGACGAGGAUGAGGACGAGGACGCGUCGCUCAAGUUUUACUUUGUGCCGAGUCACCGCGUGCGGGAAACCCCCGUGCUGAGUGCGUACACGCCAACCGCCGCCGCCGCAGCGCCCGCGCCCACUAACGACCAGUCCCUGACACUAACCGGUGCAACACUAACCGAGUCGUGCAGCGAGGGUGCUGGUGAGGGGGGCGGAGGAGGACUAACAGCCGUGCCCGCACUAACCGAGUUGCGGAGAGACGACUGCCCCGUCUCUCCCGACUCCGCUCCCGCCCCCGCCCCGUCGGACGAAAGGUCGGUGUCGCCAGGUGGCAGCAUUAGCCAGCCGCGCGUAACCGUGAUACGGAGCGUGGCGAACAACAAGUUUCCUAAGUGUACAGAGGCCUUUGCAAGUAAGGUGGAGCAAAUAGAGGACAGGUUGCGUUCGCGGCACACUGUGAAGGAGGAGGCGGAGGAGGGGGAAGACGACGAGCAUGCGCAGCGGGAAGCUCGACAUAACAAGGAGAAUCAGGAGCCACAGACGCCGGGAGCGUGCCAGCGUCAGGCGCUCGGGCUCGCGCUGAUGUACGGCAGCAAAAGCCAAGACGACGAGGAAUUGGACGACGACACUGAGUCGCCCGAACGGCGCCGCAAGCCCGUGCCGAUCGCCGGCGAGCCGCGCACGCCCUCUGGCGACGACGACGGCGUCAUCAAGCACUACCUCGAGACGAUCGACGUCGAGAAGGCGAAAUCCGCCGGCGGCAUCGGCAUCAAGGGCCUCGCUGACAAGCUGAAGCUCGGCGCUGCGGGGGCGCCACUGUCGCCCGGCGCCGCGCGCUCGGGCGACGUGUCGGGUCUCAUCGCAAAGGCGAAAGGCGGCCUCGCGGCGAGCCUGGAGGCGCGUGCGCUGGAGAAGCCGGCGACGCCCGAGAAGAAGAAGACGGAGGCCGAGCUGCAGUGGGACAUGCUGAUGAUGCGGCUGAGCCGGUCGCUGCGCAUCAACGACCUUGACUUCACCGACCUCAUCGAGCUCGACGACGCAAACCCGUUCAUGCCCGCGCCGCCGCCGCCGCGCGUGCGGCCCCCGCUUCCGCCCCCUCCCCCCGGAGCUGGCCCUCCUCCCCCGCCUCCCCCCGGCAUGCCCCCGCCUCCUCCGGGAGCGCCGGGCAGUUACGCCGUCCCGCAGAAGUCGGUGAAGACGAUCAAGUUGUUCUGGAAGGACGUCCGUAUGAUGGACUGGAUGGCGAAGGAAGACAUGAUGAUCUGGAACGAUCUCAGUCCGAUCGAGGUGGACAUGGAGAAACUCGAGCACCUGUUCGAGAAUCGAAGCAAGGACAUCCUGUCAAAGAAACAAGAACAAUCGGCGAAGACCAAGGUGUUAACGGUGCUUGAUUCCAAACGCUCGAACGUGAUCAACAUUGGUAUGACCAAGCUACCUCCACCUCGAGCAAUCAAAACCGCUGUUCUCAAGAUGGACUCCUCCAUCAUCAACAAGGACGGCAUUGAUAAAAUUCUCACGACGAUGAUGCCGACACCGGAGGAGAAGAACAAGAUACUCGAGGCUCAGGUCGCAAACCCGGAGAUUCCGCUAGGGUCAGCUGAGCAGUUUGUGCUCGUCAUGGCGUCCAUCAACGAGCUUGAGGCGCGCCUGCGCUUGUGGCUCUUCAAACUCGACUAUGAGAACAUGGAGCAGGAGGUGGCAGAGCCACUGAUGGAUCUCAAGGAUGGCAUAGAUCAGCUACACCGCAACAGGACCCUUAAAGUGAUUCUCUCUGCUUUGCUUGCCAUUGGAAACUUCCUUAAUGGCUCAUUCCAACGUGGCUUCCAGCUGGAGUAUCUGUCGAAAGUGCCAGAAGUGAAGGACACAGUUCACAAGCAGUCGCUGCUCUAUCACAUGUGCAGCAUGAUCAUUGAGCGCUAUCCGGACACCAGCGAUCUCUACUCUGAACUGGGCCCGAUUUCUAGAUGUGCCAAGGUUGAUUAUGAGGAGUUAUCUUCUAAUCUGGGGAAAAUGGAGCACGACUGCAAAGCAUCGUGGGAUCAUUUGCGAGCGAUUGCGAAGCACGAAGUUGGCAACUCACAGAUGAAAGCAAAAAUGACAGAGUUCCUAACAGACUGCGCAGAGAGAAUCAUGGUGCUGAAGAUUGUCCACAGGAGAGUUAUCAACCGGUAUUACAAGCUGCUGUUGUGGAUGGGUCUUCCGAUUGCCAUCGGCAAGGACACGAAGAUUAACAAUUUCUGCAAAGUGAUCAGUGAGUUUGCACUCGAGUACCGGACGACACGAGAGCGAGUUAUAGAGCAGCAACACAAGAAGAAGGCUUAUAAGGAGAGGAAACUUACUCGUGGCAAGCUGAUCACUGAGACGGACAAUUUCAAGGGCAAGAGUCAGCAGCCACAUGAGCUGCAGAAGGUCGACGAUGUUAAGCUGAAGGAGCUUCUUACUAAAGACUACGGAUCAGACAUAGAUUCAACUCGACAACGGCAACGGACGCGUCAACCACGAGGAACGCUUCCACGUGAUGAUGCUGUCCUGACAGACGUCGACGGCGACGACGAAAUUUUGGAAUCACUUGUAAAAUCAGCAACAGCGCCCUCUACACGUUCCACUCCACGCAAGCGCGAACGUGCGCGACAAGUGAACAGGAAGUCAUUACGACGAACUCUAAAAACGGGGCUGGAUUCAGAUGAGCAAAGAUUCCUGUCAAUGCUUACGUCGUAACUAGAGUAUGAACAGUCAGCCGUAUUGCGUCCACUACUAUCUGUGAUGUCACUGCUGGUGAGGACCCUCCUUCUGUGUAGGCACACCUUGUGGAAAGGCAGCUGGUUGGAUAAGCACACGUCUGCCGCACAGAAUUCACCAAAAGAAAUGCAGCUAGCUCGCAUCGCAAGAGACGCCUGGUGGUUGCCUCAUCGCUGUAGUGAGUGGCCACAGGUGAAAACUACUCUGCAUAAGGAUCUGCCAUAAAGGAUUUGGUCCCUGCCGGGCUGGAUACUGGUGCUGCAGGGCCCAUUUAUCCGCUUACUUCACAUGUAGACUUUGUAUCGUUAACCUGGAGGGGUAUAUGUGUGUGAGAGCCUACAUGGACAUAUAUAGGUCCACACAUACAACAUACUGGAACGCACGCCUGUAGUGCUAAUGAUUGGUGAAGGUUUGUGUUUCAGUGGAUAGUGAUAGUAUCAAGAGCUAAUAAAUACCUAGAGUGUACAAAGGGAAAACGGGAAAAUAGUGCUAUUUCACGGCAAUA